AUGCGGCCAUCACUUGCGUUGCUGAAAUCUGGUCGUUCUGCCUGGAAAGGGCCUUAUUUCGUCUCAUUUCCAAACCUCCGUGAUGCUUUGCAGAACCAUGUCCCCAUAAAAACACAGGCAAGAUCCUGUACAAUUCUGCCAAAUUUCGUUGGAAUCCGGUUCAUGGUGCACAAUGGGAAGGACUAUGUACCCGUACUGGUGACGCAGGAUAUGGUCGGCCAUAAGCUGGGAGAGUUUUCGCAUACGAAAAAACGUUUCGUUUAUCGUCAUACUAAGAACAAGUAA